AUGCCACCAUCAGUGGGUGACAUGACACCAGCAGUGGGUGACAUGACUCCAGCAGUGGGUGACAUGACACCAGCAGUGGGUGACAUGACUCCAGCAGUGGGUGACAUGACACCAGCAGUGGGUGACAUGCCACCAGCAGUGGGUGACAUUACACCAACUGUGGGUGACAUUACACCAACAGUGGGUGACAUUACACCAACAGUGGGUGACAUGACACCAGCAGUGGGUGACAUUACACCAACAGUGGGUGACAUGCCACCAACAGUGGGUGACAUUACACCAACAGUGGGUGACAUGACACCAGCAGUGGGUGACAUUACACCAACAGUGGGUGACAUGCCACCAACAGUGGGUGACAUUACACCAACAGUGGGUGACAUGACACCAGCAGUGGGUGACAUUACCACCAACAGUGGUGACAUGACACCAUCAGUGGGUGACAUGACUCCAUCAGUGGGUGACAUGUCCCCAUCAGUGGGUAACAUGACUCCAUCAGUGGGUAACAUGACUCCAUCAGUGGUGACAUGUCCCCAUCAGUGGGUAACCUGA